AUGAAAAAGAAGAUUUCAAAUAGCCAUGAUGGCAAUCUCCCAUCCGGACGCAUCCUCCUGAUGAUGAUGUGCAUCGUUGCUUCCGUGCCAUGCGUACAAUCCUUGGCCAACAACAACAACAAUAAUAGAAAUAGCUGUCCUUCCAAUGAUUUGCUGGAUAUGCUUGACAACAACAGCAACAACAACAACAACAACAAAGAAGCACUGGGUCUUUAUGGAGUUCACGAUGCUCUCUCGGCUCGGAUUCUCGAAGCCCAACUUCCCGAAAACAAAAAUGCCGCCUUGUUUGUCAGCGGAUUCGGAAUUUCGGCCUCGCGGCUAGGACAACCGGACGCUGGUUUGUUAACUAGCACGGAAUUGCAAGAUUCCACCAAGCAAAUCCUGCAGCGGACCUCCUCUCGACUGCCGGUGCUGGUGGAUGGCGAUACGGGGUUUGGAGGUGCCGCCAACAUUCGUCGGACCAUUCGGGAUGUGGCCAGUCUCAAGGCGGCGGCUAUUUCCAUUGAAGAUCAAACCUUUCCCAAGCGAUGUACCUAUGUAGCCGGCAAAGGAAUCACCGUAUUGGACCGCGCCGCGGCCAAGGAACGCAUGCAAUGGGCAUUGGCGGCGCAACAGGAAGCUUAUGAACAGGAUGGCAAUCAAUUAUUAAUAGUAGCACGAACGGAUUGUCGGAUGCAACUGGGAUUGCAAGAAGCUAUAGAGCGUUGCCUAUUAUUUGAAGAGCUGGGGGCAGAUAUUGUCUAUGCCGAAAAUCUGCAGAGUCAAGAUGAAUAUUUGAAACUACGAUCCAAAAUGCAAGAAUCCACGCCCAUGAUAUUGGCGCAAGUCCAAACUGGUGAUCCCGAACAAACCACCAUAUGGAAUCUGCAGGAAAUAAGGGGAAUGGGGUUUGACAUGGGCCUCUUUGGUGUCUCAGGACUGCAAGCCACCGUGUCGGCGUUGGAACAAGUGGCGUCUGAAAUGAUGCAAUGUGGCGGCAUUGUCCAAAAUACGCCCCUUGCCAGUUUGGAACAAGUAAAGUCUGUGGUGGGAUUUGACGAAUUGGAUGCCUUUCAAGAAAGAGCGACAACUAGUAUGGAUAACGGUAACAAAAGGAGAAUACGAAGCAGUGCCACUGCCUUGUCAGCACAUUACAGUCGUGGUGGUUCGCCGGUUCGUCAAUCAUUGGCUCGAUUGUCAAGUCGUAGUCCUCAUCGUCGUCGAUUCCAUACGGUCCUUUGGAGCACCGCCAAUGAUGUCACAGAGCCAGAUGAUGAACAAGGCCCGCAAGCUCCAUUCAACAGAAUGCCUCCUCCAAAAAGCGAUGAGACGGUCACGGACCAGGUGGAAGAAACAGUCAGCAAAGUAGACAGUGACGACAGCAAUGACAAGGUGGAGCCCACAGAAACGACAGAAUCAUCGUCUGAUGAUGAAAAGACUAUUACUCUUUCAGACGAUACCAUCUCUAAUCUAAUUGAUCCCCUUGCUGCUUCUGAUGUGAAAGGUGCUGAAGCCAAAUCGACCUAUGAUCCUCUCAAAGCAAAAUUUCCGUCUCCCGAGACGACCAGCAGCAAUUCCCCAUUUGCAAAGAAAGGAGGGGGCUCUCCAUUUGCUGCUGCUGCUGCUGCUGCUGCCAAAAAGGGCAUGUCAUCAUUCAAUACAGCAGCAGCCAAGAAAGGAGGGGGUUCUCCAUUUGCGGCUGCUGCCAAAAAGGGCAUGUCAUCAUUUGAUACAGCAGCAGCCAAGAAGGGCAUGUCAUCAUUUAGCACAUCAGGUCCAGGCAAGCAGUCGUCCAAUCCAUUUUUUGCCAAAAAGGGAAGUCCCAAGGGAAUGAACAUGGGUACUACUACUACUACUACAAGUGACGACGAGAUUAAGGAACUAGAUGUCGAGGAGGAGAAAACUGGCAGCAAGGCACCCGCCAAGAGCUCAUUUGUGCCUAAGACUUCCAAGUCGGAUUUUGGAGCACCAGGCUCUCCAUUUACUGCUGCCAAGAAGGGCAUGUCAUCAUUUACGCCGCCACCAAAGGGUGCUUCAUCGUUUGCGCCUCCCAAGCAAUCCGGAAAUCCCUUUUUUGCCAAAAAGGGAAGCCCCAAGGGAUUUGCUGCCAAGACUGCAACAAGUGACGAUGAAAUCAAGAAAGAAUCGAGUGAUGACGACGAAGAGUCGGAAGAAACCACAGCGUCCGCAAAGAGCCCAUUCGCAACCAAAUCUUUUCCGAAAAAGCCAGCAGCCUCGGCAUCUGUAUCGCCCUUUUCCAAGGAUGGCAUGGCAUCAUUCAGUGCAGCAGCCAAGAAGGGCAUGGAAUCAUUCAGUUCAGCGGCCAAGAAGGGCAUGGCGUCUUUUACAGCUCCCAAGCAAUCAAAUGCUCCCUUUGGCGGUACAAAGGAGGCUCCCAAGGGAAUGAGUCAGGAUAGUGGCGAGGACGUCAAGGAAUUACCCAGCAAUGAGAAUUCUGUGGGUAGUAGCAAAGCGGAAGCCAAAAACACGUUUGCAUCAAACAGCUUUGCCAAAUCCAAUGAUACGGCAGCAGUCUCUCCGUUUGCCAAGAAAGGUUUGGGACCACCCAGUGCAGCCAAGAAAGGGUUUUCGUCGUUCGCAGCUCCCAAGCAAUCCGAAUCACCAAUUUCUGGUAUGAAGGGGAGUCCAAAGGGCAUGGCCAUGGAUGCUGGUGAUGAAUUGAAGGAGGAGGAAUCAAGUGACGAAGAUUCAGUUGGUAGCAAAGCUCCGGCCAAGAGCUCGUUCGUGCCAAAAAACACAAAAUUCAACGUCUCGGCAUCUUCGUCUCCUUUCGCUAAGAAGGGUAUGGCGUCGUUUAGUGCAGCGGCCAAGAAGGGCAUGGCAUCGUUCACAGCUCCAAAGCAAUCAACAUCACCAUUUUCUGGCACGACGGCAAGCCCAAAAGGAUCUUCCAAGGAUUCUAGCAGCGAUGAGAAGGAACUGAAAAAGGAUGACUCGGUAUCACCGUCUCCGUUCGCCAAGAAGGGUAUGGCGUCGUUUAGUGCAGCGGCCAAGAAGGGCAUGUCCUCGUUCACAGCUCCCAAGCAAUCGGCAUCACCAUUUUCUGGCACGACGGCAAGUCCAAAAGGAUUUUCUAAGGAUUCUAGCAGCGAUGAGUUGAAGGAACUGAAAAAUGAUGACUCGGCAUCUUCGUCUCCUUUCGCCAAGAAGGGUAUGGCGUCGUUUAGUGCAGCGGCCAAGAAGGGCAUGGCAUCGUUCACAGCUCCAAAGCAAUCAACAUCACCAUUUUCUGGCACGACGGCAAGCCCAAAAGGAUCUUCCAAGGAUUCUAGCAGCGAUGAGAAGGAACUGAAAAAGGAUGACUCGGUAUCACCGUCUCCGUUCGCCAAGAAGGGUAUGGCGUCGUUUAGUGCAGCGGCCAAGAAGGGCAUGUCCUCGUUCACAGCUCCCAAGCAAUCGGCAUCACCAUUUUCUGGCACGACGGCAAGUCCAAAAGGAUUUUCUAAGGAUUCUAGCAGCGAUGAGUUGAAGGAACUGAAAAAUGAUGACUCGGCAUCUUCGUCUCCUUUCGCCAAGAAGGGUAUGGCGUCGUUUAGUGCAGCGGCCAAGAAGGGCAUGGCAUCGUUCACAGCUCCAAAGCAAUCAACAUCACCAUUUUCUGGCACGACGGCAAGCCCAAAAGGAUCUUCCAAGGAUUCUAGCAGCGAUGAGAAGGAACUGAAAAAGGAUGACUCGGUAUCACCGUCUCCGUUCGCCAAGAAGGGUAUGGCGUCGUUUAGUGCAGCGGCCAAGAAGGGCAUGUCCUCGUUCACAGCUCCCAAGCAAUCGGCAUCACCAUUUUCUGGCACGACGGCAAGUCCAAAAGGAUUUUCUAAGGAUUCUAGCAGCGAUGAGUUGAAGGAACUGAAAAAUGAUGACUCGGCAUCUUCGUCUCCUUUCGCCAAGAAGGGUAUGGCGUCGUUUAGUGCAGCGGCCAAGAAGGGCAUGGCAUCGUUCACAGCUCCAAAGCAAUCAACAUCACCAUUUUCUGGCACGACGGCAAGCCCAAAAGGAUCUUCCAAGGAUUCUAGCAGCGAUGAGAAGGAACUGAAAAAGGAUGACUCGGUAUCACCGUCUCCGUUCGCCAAGAAGGGUAUGGCGUCGUUUAGUGCAGCGGCCAAGAAGGGCAUGUCCUCGUUCACAGCUCCCAAGCAAUCGGCAUCACCAUUUUCUGGCACGACGGCAAGUCCAAAAGGAUUUUCUAAGGGCUCUAGCAGCGAUGAGUUGAAGGAACUGAAAAGUGAUGACAAGUUGGCAUCCCCGGGUCAGAAAAAUGGUUCUCCAUUCGGGAUAGGGGGAAGCUCAAAGGGCAUGGACAAGGAUUCGAAUGAUCGCAUUGCAUUUGUGGGUGAGAAUGCGGCCGAUGAAAUUGCAGCUGGAGUCACUGAGAAGGAGAUUGCAGAGAAAAAUGCAGCAGAAGAGGCCGAGAUAGAAGCUGCAAAACUCAAUGCCAAGGAAGAAGCCGAAUCAGCCUUGCUUGCUGUUGAGAAUAAGGCAGCCGAAGUGGCAGAGGCUGCUAGAAUUGCAGCAGAGAAGGAAACAGCCGAACUAAAGAUCAACGAAGAAGCUGAAGCAGCCAGACUCGCCGCCUUCAUAGCUGCCAAUAAGAAGGCAGCUGAAGAGGCCGAAGCAGCUCGUGUCAAGGCCGAGAAAGAAGCCGUCGAGUUCAAGGCAAAUGAAGAAGCUGAAGUAGCCAGACUUGCUGCAGAGAAGCAGGCCACUGAAGAGGCCGAAUCAGCUCAUAUCAAGGCCGAGAAGGAAGCUGCCGAACUCAAGGCGAAGGAAGAUGCCGAAGUAGCCAGACUUGCUGCAGAGACGAAGGCCACGAACGAAGCCGAAGCUGCUCGUAUCAAGGCCGAGAAGGAAGUCGCCGAACUUGAGACCAAGGAAGAAGUGGAAGAAGCCGAAGCAGCUCGUAUCAAUGCCGAGGAAGAAACUGCGAAGGGGAGAAGAAAGGCUGUCAAAAUUAGGAUUGUCGAACUCGACGAAGAAGAGGAAGACAGUGACGACGAAAUCUUCGAUUUCGAGACAGACGAUGAGGAUCUGCUGGAGCAAAUUCGAAAAUCGCAGGCUGCCCUUGAAAACUACUCGGAGAGAUUAGGUGCUGUGCUUGACGAACAAGAUAUGAUUAGCAAGGGGGGUAUUGCUGACUCGGAUUCAUCUGCGCAACCAGUGCAAGUCGAGGUCAUUCGUUCAGGCGAUUCGACCGAUUCUAGGUCCGGUGACGAGGGAGACAAGAACAGCCCUGCUUACUCACCAGACCGGUGGUUCUCCAGGUUUGGAGGGAAAACAUUGGAUCAGGUAUCGCCCCCGAGCGACAGCAGUGGUGAUGGUUCUGAAGCAGUUGUCCGCAAAGACUUUGUCGAAGGAGGGGAUGGUCUUCGACCAAUACCACAAGCAACAGAACAUUGGUUUGACGAGAAAUAUUCUAGAAAGAGUCCGGCGUUUGGAAUGGAGAAAACCUCGUUUGGAGUGGAUCAAGUCAAGGGGAAGAAACGCUCUGGGGAUCAGGGGCGCCUGAUUCCAUUGCAAGACGAGGGCUCGGCAUGGUAUGCUGAUCCGAGGCAAGGAUUGCCAUCUCGCCAAGAGACCAGCCAGCCAGCCGAAUUGCAGGUUGAAGAUGCCACUUUUACGAAGGGUGACGCCGAGGGUGACUCCGGUGACUCGGAACAAAGAGACGAAGAAAAUAGUCCAAUCACGACUGAUCCCACCCUUUUUGAACCGAAAGCGACGUGGUUUGACAAACCUGGGGUGAAAGGCCCAUACAUGACGCCGUCUUCGGGAUCAAAGAAGCCAGAGGUUGAUGAAAGUGUUCUGCGACCAGUUGAUAUUACAAAUUCGUGGUACAGCGAAUCCAAGGGAAGAAGCAAAGGAGCAUAUGGUGAAACGUCGACAGUUCAGAAGCCAGCGGAUAAAGAGUCUAGUGCAACAGAAGGCAACCAGCCAGAAGUUCGAGAGGAUGCUCCAAGCAAGAUUGAUCCAUCUCUUCUUCAACCGAAAGCGACGUGGUUUGACAAACCUGCAGUGAGGGGCCCAUACAUGACACCGUCUCCUGGAUCAAAGAGGAAACCUGAUGCUGAUGAAAGUGUUCUGCGACCAGUUGAUAUUACAAAUUCGUGGUACAGCGAAUCCAAGGGAAGGAGCAAAGGAGCAUAUGGUGAAACGCCCACAGUUCAGAAGCCAGCGGAUAAAGAGUCUAGUGCAACAGAAGGCAACCAGCCAGAAGUUGGAGAGGAUGCUCCAAGCAGGAUUGAUCCAUCUCUUUUUCAACCGGAAGCGACGUGGUUUGACAAACCUGCGGUGAGGGGCCCAUACAUGACACCGUCUUCGGGAUCAAAGAAGAAACCUGAUGUUGAUGAAAGUGUUCUGCGACCAGUUGACAAUACAAAUUCGUGGUAUGACGAGUCCAAGGGAAGGAGCAAAGGAGCUUAUGUUGUUCCUCCACCUAGUGCCCCAAUCAAGAAAACACCGGACCCGGACGACGAUAGCAAUUCCUUCCACGACGAAGAACCAAAAUCGCCACCAACUGAAUCGAAAACCAAUGAAUCUACGAUUCCGUUGCGGUCAUUCGAGCAGCAACCUAGAUGGUUUGAUGAGGGUAGCCUUCGCAAGUCCAAGAAACCAUCGCAACCUACAAAUAGUAUUUCAGAUCAACCAUCACAGGGAGAGGCUUCAGUGUUGCGACCCUUUGCAGGUGCGUCACAGUGGUUUGAAACUCGCAAGCCCAAGUGGGACACUUCGUCAGAGCCCAAAGCAGAAAAUUCACCACCGAAAGCCGAUGACUCUGUUCUUAUGCCAUUCGAGACUGGCAAAAGCUGGUUCGAGGAGUCGAACUUUCGAAAGAAAAGCACUCCAUCAACAACUAGCGCAACAAAUGAAGCGAAACCUCCUCUUAAAGACGUUCUGAUUCCGGCAGCCACAACGAGUUCGUGGUUUGACGAAUCGAACUAUCGAGACAGAAUGGUUGGUGCGGGUGCCAGGCCAAUAAACCCAGAAGGACCUGCCGACAUAACUCCAACAACCGAUGAGCCUAGCGACGAUCAAAAGGAGGAGAUAAAGUUGGAGCAAGAAGCCCAACAGGAGCAUCUCAAGGCGAAACAGGAAAUGCUAGAAAAAGAACGGGAAGAACUUGAACUUCUGAGACAAGCCGAACAGGACCGAUUGGAACGACUCAUUGCCCAAAUGGAGGCCAAAGGCAGACCUGAGGAAGAAGCCAGCGAUGCCGAACUGGAAAUGGAACAGGAAAAGGCAGAACUUGCAGGUGCAAAACAGGCCGAAGAAGAAGACCGACUCCGCGCCGAAGAAAAAGCCAGACGCAGUGCCGAAUUGGAAGCGGAACGAAAGCGUGUCCAAUUGGAACAGGAAUUGCUGGAACAGGAAAAGGCAGAACUUGCCCUUGCGAAACAAGCCGAAAAAGAAGAACGACUCCGCGCUGCAGCCAAAAGCAACGCCGAACUGAAAGCCAAACGGGAACGUCUCAAGGAGCAACAGGAAUUGCUGGAAAAGGAAAAGGCGGAGGUCGCUCGAGCGAAACAAGAGGAAGAAGAUCGACUCCGGGCUGCAGAAGAGGCCAAACACAAUGCCGAACUAAAAGCCAAACGGGAACGUCUCAAGGAGCAACAGGAAUUGCUAGAAAAAGAAAAGGCAGAACUUGCUAGAGCAAAGCAAGAACAAGAAGAACGACGCCGCGCCGCAGAAGAAGCCUUGCGCGAUGCCGAAAUGGAAAGCGAAUGGGAGCGUCUCAAGGAGCAACAGGAAUUACUGGACAAGGAAAAGGCCGAACUUGCUCGCAUGAGGCAGGCCAAGUUGGCUACACCUAAGCAAGGCGACGAAGCACCACCACUCGACAAGGAUGUCCUAGCAGCUGCUUCAGAACUAGCGGAAGAUUCCACGACACCAACAACAGCUUUCAAUCCAAUGGAGGGUGAUGUAGGCACAAUUGGUCCCGAUACCAACUGGCGUGACUCACACCGGAGUAUGAACGACCGAAUGAACGACCUUGGAGACACCAUGAAUGGGGAGAACUGGUAA